UCCCCGCCCCCCGUCAGAGUGCGUCGCGGGCGGGCUGUGACGCAGCGGCUGCCGUUUGGCAGGUGCGGAGAGCAUGGAACUAGUAUUGCAACACACCGGAGACGGCGGCGAGUAGCCCCGGGGAAGCCGGGGGGUGUUCUUCACCCACCGAGAAGACCCCGCAGCCUCCCCUAACCUCCAGCAGGGGGCGGCAGACGGGUAUAGCCCAUGGCGGCGCCUCAGUUACUGGUGCUGGGUCAGCGGGUCAGGGCUGUGCUGGAUGUGGCCCUGCGGGUUCCUCCGGUCUUCAUCAUCGAUGCCAUCUUGAACUCCUCGCACGAUCCCUCGGCCGGAUAUGUGUCCAUAUUGGUGCAGCUUGUCCUCCGGCUGCUGGGUGUCCUGGCAUCCGCCGUAGUGCUUGUGUUAUCCCGGAGGGCGCUCUUUAAGUUUUACACCAUCAGCAUGGCUCUGGUGAUUGCUGCAACUUCAGUAUUGAUGAACUAUUAUACCACUCUGCACAUUGACUUGAAUUCCCCUUACAGACUGGUGGAGCUGUCCCCGAGCGGAUCUUCUCUCUGGAUGCCACUGAUCGUCUUACAGCUCAUCUUUGGCAUCGGGUUCAUUGCUCUGCUGGAGGAGAUCCAUUCGGUGUAUUCUCAGUUCAUCAUCAUGAAUAUGCUUGUACCCGCGAUAAGUCUCAUCAUCGACCUCCGGUGUGAGGUGCAGGAAAUUGUAGUCAUCAUAUCUGGCCUUGUGCUUGCCAUCUACACUACAGUAUGCCUGUCCCUCCGCUUCAAAUGGUUCUACUACUCCACAAAAUACACCUUCCUCCUGCUCAAGCACAUGUACCAGGUUUACGGGCUGCAGGUUAUGUUGGAAGACGCCUGGAAAAAAGUCCACUUCCCCGAUGUGUUGAGAGUGUUCUGGUUGACUAGACUAGCCACCCAAGCCGUGUUCUUGGUCUACAUGGUGAGGGUAUCCAAUGCCGCUGCUGGAGAAGCCUCUUACUUCAUGCAGUGGAGCGACUUCUGGGAGCUUGUGUGCCACCUCAUCAUCAGCGGCUGUGACUCCACCUUAACCGUCUUGGGGAUGAGUGCUGUCAUCUCCUCCAUAGCACAUUAUCUCGGACUUGGUAUCCUCGCCUUUAUCGGCUCCACUGAAGAAGAAGACAAACGCCUUGGUUUCGUAGCUCCCGUCCUGUUUUUCAUUUUAGCCCUACAGACUGGCCUGAGCGGACUAAAGCCCGAAGAGAGACUUAUUCGCCUUUGUCGGAACAUGUGCCUUCUGUUGACAGCCAUUUUACAUUUUAUUCAUGGAAUGACCGACCCGGUGUUAAUGUCACUCAGUGCCUCCCACGUGUCUUCUUUUCGCAGGCAUUUCCCAGUGCUCCUGGUCUCUGCGUUCCUUUUUGUGCUUCCAAUCCUCCUCAGCUGCGUCUUGUGGCACUACUACGCCCUCAACACCUGGUUAUUUGCGGUCACUGCUUUCUGCGUUGAACUUUGCCUCAAAGUCAUCGUCUCCCUGACGGUGUACACUCUGUUCAUGAUCGACGGCCACUACAGUGUGGUGUGGGAAAAGCUGGACGACUACGUGUACUAUGUGCGCUCCACUGGCAGCAUAAUCGAGUUCAUCUUCGGCGUCAUCAUGUUUGGCAAUGGGGCCUACACCAUGAUGUUUGAGUCCGGCAGUAAGAUCCGAGCUUGCAUGAUGUGUCUGCACGCCUACUUCAACAUCUACCUGCAAGCCAAGAACGGGUGGAAGACCUUCAUGAACCGUAGGACGGCUGUAAAGAAGAUCAACUCCCUUCCAGAAGUCAAAGUCUCAGAGAACAGCGAAAUUGAUGAUGUGUGCGCCAUCUGCUACCAGGAGUUCCGUACAUCAGCCCGGGUGACUCCCUGCCACCAUUACUUUCAUGCACUCUGCCUUCGAAAGUGGCUGUACAUUCAAGACACGUGCCCCAUGUGCCAUCAGAGAGUCUACAUCGAAGACGACUUGAAAGAAACCACGUCCUUCUCCAACAACAACGGACUGGUGGUGCCAAAUGAGGAACCGGCGCAAGAUCUUGCCGACGGAGAACCGGAACAGGAGCUGUAUGGCCAUGAACUGAUUGAAGAUGAUAGCACAGAAGAAGAAGAGGAGGAGGAGGAAUGGACGGCUGAGGAGCACCAUUCCAACGCCUUAGAAGAAUUGAUUCAAGAUAUUGAUAAUCUGAGGGAUUGAGCGUUAUUUAUUUGUUUUAUUUUUUUUUCUCUCCUGCUGUGUGUCUCUACUAAUAAGACAUGGGAAAGACCGAUACGAGUUUGGGAAAAAUAAUUUUUGUUUCUGAAAGCACAAUCGGAAUCCUGAUGCAAGGUCUGAAUGGAUGAGCGUCCUCUUAAGUGCUGCUGUAAAUAUCUCUUGGUCUCUUUUGUGACCUGAUGAAAAUGUGUGUACAUUCUUGUACAUGAAAUAAAAACAAAAAUGAUUUUG